CCGCGCUCGGCUGGGCGGCUCCCGGGGCGGCCUUUGUUAGAAUGCGGCUGUGGCAGUGCUGAGUGCAGGGCUGUGCUGGGAGCCGUCCUGCUGCAGAGGGCGAAUCGUUGAUCGCGGGUCUUACUCCUCUGCUUGUGCUCGUCGGCCUGAGUCCCGUUCUAGGAGCGAUGCUUUAAAGCCGGCAGAGCCAGGAGAGCCCCUGGUGCCCUCGCGGUGCCAUGCUGCCGGCAGCUUGCCGUGAGAUCAGCACAUCCUGGCGGAUGGGGUCGCCGUCCUGUGGCUUACACCGCGAGCACCCUCCGGCAGAGCUGCCCCAGGCACUGAUAGAGACCCGCUGAACUUAAUUUCUUGUAUGGGAACGAGCAUCGCAGCUGGAAGACUGGAAAGCCAAUCAAACUUGGGUGAUUGCUUCAUCUGUCUGCGAAUUGGUUUGAUGAUCCCUCGCUGCUGGAAAGGAAGCUUCAGUUUCUGUGCAUUUAGUACACUAACUCAGAGUACUAAAACUAGUGAAGUAGUAAUGUGGGCUCAGCUAACAUCUGCUUUUAAUUUUGGCCCGCCAGUUGACCUGUCCUUUAAACUCAUAUCCCAGGCAUAUGAAGUUCUGUCGGACCCAAAGAAAAGGGACCUCUAUGACCAGGGUGGGGAGCAGGCUAUUAAAGAAGGAGGCCUGAGUGGCGGCAGCUUCUCUUCACCCAUGGACAUCUUUGACAUGUUCUUUGGUGGUGGAGGCCGAAUGAAUAGAGAGAGAAGAGGCAAGAAUGUUGUGCACCAGCUAGGUGUAUCUCUUGAAGACUUAUAUAAUGGUGCUACAAGGAAACUGGCACUGCAAAAAAAUGUUAUUUGUGGGAAAUGCGAAGGUUAUGGUGGAAAGAGAGGUGCAAUAGAGAAGUGCCCUGUGUGUAAAGGAAGAGGAAUGCAAGUUCUUGUUCAGCAGAUAGGGCCUGGCAUGGUACAACAAAUCCAAACUGUGUGUCCAGAAUGCAAAGGCCAAGGUGAAAGAAUAAAUCCAAAGGACAGGUGUGACAACUGCAAUGGAUGUAAGGUUGUAAGAGAGAAAAAGAUCAUAGAAGUUCAUGUUGACAAAGGUAUGAAAGAUGGUCAAAAGAUAGUGUUUCAUGGAGAAGGUGAUCAAGAGCCUGAUCUGGAGCCUGGUGAUGUCAUAAUUGUGCUUGAUCAAAAGGAUCAUGGUGUUUUUCAGAGACGAGGCCAUGACUUAGUUACAAAAAUGAGAAUUCAACUCUCAGAGGCUUUAUGUGGUUUCAAAAAGACUAUUGAAACUCUUGAUAACAGAGUCCUUGUCAUAUCAUCUAGACCAGGUGAAGUGAUAAAACACGGUGACCUGAAGUGUAUCUACAAUGAAGGGAUGCCUAUCUACAAAUCUCCGAUGGACAGAGGCAGCUUAAUUAUACAGUUUCUGGUCCAGUUUCCAGAGCAGCACUGGCUUCCAAGGGAGAAACUGAAUAUGCUGGAGGCUCUACUUCCUCCAAGAGAAGAUGUCAUGAUUACAGAUGAGAUGGAUCAAGUAGAUCUUGAAGAUUUUGACCCAAGCGAGCAAACCUACCGUAACAGUGGAGGAGAAGCAUAUGAAGAAGAUGAGGAUGGUCCAAGAACAGGUGUACAGUGUCAGACAUCUUAAAUUGAGGUGGAGUUGAUAUUGCCUAAAAUGUAAAUUUUCACAAUGAAAACUGCAUGGCUGUAAUAGCCACUGCUUGUGGUCUUUGUGUUCAGCAAAUUGAGUUGCUGCGCUGUCAGUAUCACUUUUUUUUUUUUUGUAACUAAUUUAUAUUGUGUUCUUGUCUUUAUAUAUAAAGCAAAAGUCACACAGCUGAGAACCACCUGAGUUGGUAUGUUUCCUUGUGCUUUGAAGGUUCUCAAUUUAUCUCACUGAUGCUAUUUAUAUAAGACUCACAAUACUGGUAGAAGUUGAGUAGUGUCUUAUGUAAAUAUUUUCAUACUGAAAAAUUAAUUUCAUAGAAUAAAACAUAGCAGAAGUUACUUCUAAUAAAUAGAACUUCACCUUU